GGAAGGAAGGAAGGAAGGGGGAAGGAAAGAAAAGAGAAAGAAAAAAGAAGAAAGAAAGAAAGAAAGAAAGAAAGAAAGAAAGAAAGAAAGAAAGAAAGAAAGAAAAGAAAAGAACGAACACCACCACUUUCACGCUGAGUAAGGUGGAGGACGAGACGUAUGAGUUUAUCUUUGUACAUGACCUCCAUGAGUAGCAAAUGGAAUUCCAAACUCCAGAGCCCUGUCCCCAGCCAGCCAGUGUUCCUGCCACAUCCCUGACAGAAAUAGACACACAGAAGGCCAAGCAGGGCUGAUCCGAAGCCCUUUAUUAUAGGUGGGCUUUGACCCAAACCCUGAUGAUGACCUCGAGUGGGCCAGACUGCACCUGCAGGUCACCGAAAUCCAGGCCAGGACACCGGACUAGGCUGCAGAAGGAUGCAGGUGCCUUUAAAUGCAUGAUGCUCUGUCACAGAGAGGCCACCUCCACGGUGGAGGUCUCAGAGGUGGAAGUUCUAGUGCAUGUUAAGACACUUGCAUGAUGAGCUCUGGACGUGUUGUAUCAACUUUCCAGGGCCUAAUUUCUCAUCGAUGAGCAAGUCUGAGCUGAGACUGAACAAGAGGACUUGCAAAGCUUCCGUGGCCACAGAUGUCUUCAAUUCCAAAAACCUGGCCGUGCAGGCUCAAAAGAAGAUCUUGGGGAAAAUGGUGUCCAAAUCCAUCGCCACCACCCUCAUCGAUGACACGAGCAGCGAGGUGUUGGAUGAGCUCUACCGGGUGACCAAGGAAUACACCCAGAACAAGAAGGAGGCAGAGAAGAUCAUCAAGAACCUCAUCAAGACCGUCAUCAAACUGGCCAUUCUUUACAGGAAUAACCAGUUCAACCAAGACGAGCUGGCCCUGAUGGAGAAAUUCAAGAAGAAAGUCCACCAGCUGGCCAUGACCGUGGUCAGCUUCCAUCAGGUGGAGUACACCUUUGACCGGAACGUGCUCUCCCGCCUGCUGAACGAGUGCAGAGAGAUGCUCCACCAGAUCAUCCAGCGCCACCUCACAGCCAAGUCGCAUGGACGGGUUAAUAACGUCUUUGACCAUUUUUCCGAUUGUGAUUUUUUAGCUGCCUUAUAUAACCCCUUUGGGAAUUUUAAGCCCCACUUACAAAAACUCUGCGAUGGUGUCAACAAAAUGCUGGAUGAGGAGAACAUCUGACCAUGUGCAUUAAGACUGCAACCGCCCGUGAUUUCUUUGAAAACGGAGCACUGCUGAUUUAUGAAGGAAAAACUUUUUUUUUUUUUUAAAGAUGACCCAUGUUUCAGAAAGACUGCCCAUCUCAGGCGUCAGACAUUGUCAGUAACGUUUUGUGCAGCUUGUUUCAUUUGAAGAAAAGCAGAUUGCCAAAAAUUCUGGUGAAAAGCUCCCUCCCUCACAGUUAGCAGAUCGUGGGAAAGGUGUCUGGUCGUGUGAUGCAAAUAUAGAGUUAGGCAAAGAAAAAUAUGGAUGGCCCCAAACCUCAAGACAUGUUUUUUUAGGUCAGUUGUGUUGGUAGCAUGUUGGGUAUUUCUCACGUGUACAGAAUUAUGUACUUUGAUUCACUAUUACUCCUUACUGUGUAUAUGUACCUCUGUUAAAAAGCUGAGAACUCUCUCUUGCUCUCAUUGCUCCCUUCGAGAUGAUUUCAUUUUCAAGUCUACCUUUUGUUGUGUUCCUUUGUUAAAGUUUUUGUCAUUGACAUUUAAGAAUUAAGUCUUCAUCGAGAAUUAAGACGUUCAAGAAUUGAGGCGGUCAGACUGAACCCUCAGAAAAACAGGAAACUGCUUCUUUGAAAUCAGUAUUGUAGGAACCGACUAUAUUUGAUACGGUGAAUAAUGCCUGAUAAACGAACAUGCUUCGGGACUGGAGUGUCCUGUUUUUUUAGUACCAAUGGUGAUACUUCGAAAAUGUGGUAAUUCUUGAAGAUGUGCUAGUGGACUCCCCAUUUUUAGUAUCUGUUUCAGAUGUAAAAGAGACAAAGAAAAAUCUAGAUGGUUCUUGUAAAGGUCAGCAAUACUAAGAAAAGUACCACAAUCUUUAUUUUAGAGAUGAGCCCAUCAAAAUAAUUUAGGGGGAUAAAGGGCCAAAAUGGAAGAAAGCAUAUUGCUGUGGACCAUGAGAAUGAAAAUAAGUGCAUUUCAACAUUGAAUAAGGUUUGAUAGGUAAAUAAAGAAUGUUACUUUUUUAUUUAACUGAUAA